GUUUAUCCACGCAAAUGCGAAUGACCUAUGUUGCAAGCAUGAAAGAAUAUGUGUUAAUUUCUAUCCAGUUCUACGUGUUGUUACCAUGAAUAGAAUCAUCUAUGCAUAAUUUCAUGCAGAUAAUGACCACAUGAUUUCCUUGUACAGUGAAAUGUACCAGUUGUAGGAAAUGAAGAUGCAGAAAUUACUUGCCUACACUUUUGAAAGGUACCACGACUUGAUGAUUUGUUACAGAAAUGAUUCCGUGCAACACUGUGCAGAAGUUGGCAUAUAAAGAGUCAAUAUUAUAUGAGCUACUGAACAUGCCAUACAGAAACAGAAAAUGAACACAGCCAGACUGACUGGGUUAGCCUCUGCAAGGUAUUAUCACAUCACAUCCCCUGAGGCAAUUGUUUGAUAGUCAUUACAUUGUGACAAAUCAAACCAACCAUUUUGCUGAUAUGCAAAUGAAGGUUAUUUACUUAACAAAGGCUUUCCCUCGUCGGCACAUUCUGCUUUUCGAUAUAAACCUCGAGUGUGCUGCAACUGAGUGGGAGGUGAGCAAUUCAGUAAUUUACAAUGGGGAAGAUCGAGUUCUAUGAGGAGAAGAAUUUCCAAGGUCACUGUUAUGAGUGCAGCAGUGACUGCCCAGACCUACACUGCUACUUCGGCCGCUGCAACUCCAUCAGGGUGGAGAGUGGCUGCUGGGUCCUCUACGAGCGCCCACACUACAAGGGCUACCAGUACAUCCUGAGCCCAGGAGAGUACCCUGACCACCAGCAAUGGAUGGGUUUCAGCGACAGCAUCAAAUCUUGUCGGUGUAUAACAAAUGUGUAUGGAAAUAACUAUAAAAUAAGGAUUUAUGAGAGCCCAGAAUUUGGAGGACAGAUGGCGGAAUAUUCUGAGGACUGUCCCUCUGUCCAUGAAGCCUUCAAGUUCCGUGAGUUCAACUCUUGCAUGGUGAUGGACGGUGCCUGGGCCUUCUAUGAGCAGCCCAACUACAGGGGGCGCCAGUACUUCCUGGAGAAAGGGGAGUACCGCAACUACUCAGACUGGGGUGCCACCUCCCCCUCCGUGGGUUCUUUCCGCAGGGUCACUGAAUUCUAGAGCGCCAUGGUCAUCUAACACUGGGUUUCAAAAAGUUGCUUGUGUGCCUCACUUACUGGCAAAUAAAGCGAUGA